UUUCCGUGAACUUUUAGAAUUGCAUUCCAUAGUACUUGUCGAGACAAAGAAAAUGAUACUUCGCCCGACAUUCUUCGACCGGGAGUGCUUGAAAAUUAAUGUACAGUUUCGGAACGCAGCCUUGUUCUCGCUGUAGGGUUAGGUUAGGGCUAUGUCGUAUACAUCAUGAUAUAUUUGGCGGCAACUUGUGCGUCUUAAACUUAUAAUUGAAAAACUGGAUAUUUGAAAGAAUUGUUAAAAAUGAUCGUCAACUUGGGAAAGAUAAUAAGCUGCUCCUCAGAACAUCCGUCGUAUCCUGCUGCUAAUCUUCUUGAACGCAAUUCAGAAAAAUGGAAAGCCACAUGGCGGUGCGCCAAGCCGGGGGAAAUGCUCGCUCAUGUUAUCUUCGAGCUCUCUGAAUCGUCAUAUAUCACUGGAGUUGAUAUCGGGAAUUUUCAGAGUUGUGUGGUAAUUGUUACAGCGUCUACAGCAUCUGAGCCUGACAACUGGAUAGUCAUAGUGAACCAUAAAUUUAUGACAAACGACGAAGCCACGAAUAAUAAGUUUAAAGACCAGGUACAAAUAUUCACCAGGAGAGAAUUGAAUCCAGAUACACUGAAAAUAAAAUUUGACCGCAUCAAGGUUACCUGCAUGCAGUCAGCCAAUUUGAAAGUGCUGUUUGGAUUGUCUUACAUCAUUUUACGAUCAGACAAUGUAGUUGAUUUAGGCUUAGAUAUGUUUGGUAAAUUUAAAUUAAAGCAACUACACGUCAUGAAGACACCCAUGGAGAUGAUGAAGGAGAAACUCACUAAAUCAGAAGAUAAGAAAGCGGAUUAUAAGGAAGAGUUGCGCGAUCAAAUAAAGAAAAAUUCAAUAGAAAAUUUCUCUAGAUCUCAGGAGGAUAAAAGGCCCAUGAAGAGACCGUUACUAGAUAAGCUAGAAGCUGGGAAGGCUGAUGAAAUUUUUGGAAAGAAAGAUAAAACUCAGCCGCUAAAAGAUAAAGAUAAAACAUCUCACAAAGAAUCUAAAGAUGCUGAAAAUAUAUCAAACGAGAAAACAGUCAUCAGAACUCCUUUUGGAGAUAUUGUGUCCUCAAAAGAUACUGUUAAAACUGUUGUAAAAGAUAUUACUAAGAGUCCUUCAAAUUCAAAGAAACGCCCCCUUAGUGAACUAGAGGAUCCGCCAAAUGCAAAAUUCAGUGAAAAGAAGCAGCGGUGUGCAGAGUGCUGCAAAGAAUCACAGGAUCAACUGUGUAAGACCUGCCAACGAUUAUCGCAACCGAUAACCACUGAAAGUACUACUUCAAAAAUAAAACAAAGCACUCCUAUAAGAUGUAAAAAGCCAUUUAAAGAGCUGUUUAGAGAUGUUACUUUCUCGCUCAGUGGAUAUAUUAAUCCACAGAGAGAUGAAAUUAGAAGGAAAGCACUGAACAUGGGCGCUAAGUACAUACCUGACCCAAACAUUACUAAUAAAAAAUGUACCCAUUUAAUUUGUGCCUUCAAAAAUACACCAAAGUAUCAACAGUUCAAAAAUCACACAAAGAUUGUCUCUCACACCUUUAUUGAGGAAUGUUUCGAUAAGAAAAAAAGAUUUCCUUGGAGACGAUAUGCUCUAAAUCAGAAGGAUAAAUCUCAGCCUGAAAGUGAAGAAGAAAUUGAUGGUAAUCAGCCAGAAUCUGUAUAUGAUAUGGACACUGACGCUGAUUCUGAUUCUAAUUAUUGAUAUAUCAAUUUGCAACAUUAAUUUUUCUUUAGAAAUUCAUUAUAUUUUGGUAAUUGUAUGGUCAGUCUAAAUGGUUACCAUCUGCAAUUUUAUUUUAUC